CAGCCGGGCCACAACCUCCGGCCCUGUUGUGUGCUGGAACACUGCGGGCCCCGCGCGGGGACGGCCGCAUAUCCCUGCUCCAGCUGCCUCUCUCCUAGCGCUGAGCACGGCUGAUAUGCCAUGGGGUGUCCAAAGGGCUGGCCGGGGUCUGCCCUUGUCCCCCUCCUGCUGCUCGGCCUCCCGGCGCUCUCCUCAGCAGGGCUGGGGGAACUGGGCCCCACCAUCGACGGGCAGCCUUGGACAGUGUGCACGCUGCAGGAGGGGGAGAGCCGUGCCUUCACCUGCCGGGUCCCCCAGCCAGUGCCCGGUGCCACACUGGCCUGGUACCUCAACGGCCAGAGGCAGGAAGCCAACCUCUCAGCUGCAGGCACUGCCAGCACCCUCACCCUCACUGCCCGGCGCUCUGACCACCAACUCAACUGCUCCCUGACCGACCCAGCCUCAGGGGAGACCUACAAUGCCUCUGUCCUCCUCAACGUGCAGUAUAAGCCAGAGAUCCUGAGGGCAGGUGCCCACUACCAGGAGGUCGAGGGUUCUGGCCUCCUCCUGGUGCUCUUUGUGCUGGUGCAAGCCAACCCACCUGCCAGCAUCACCUGGGUGGACCAGGAUGGGCACGUGAUGGCCAAUGCCUCCGAGUUCCUCCUCCUGGGUGCCACGCACUACCCAGGGCUGGCCAACCACUCGCUCCACAUCCAUCUCAGCAGCGUGGCUGGGAACUUCUCCGUCAGUGCUGCCAACAGCGUGGGCAUCACCACCGCCUCACUCCUACCCACAGUGGCUCCGAGCACCCACAGCCCCAGAGCACACGCCUGCCCCGCCAAACCCGGUCCCUGCCGCCCGACCUGCACCUCAGUGACCUCGCACAGGAGGAUGGAGCUUCCCCCAAGGAUGUGGGAGCUGGUGCCAGGGGAGAAGAUAGUGCCCUGCCAGGGCUGGAGAAUCACCUUGUCCUCAACAAGAUUGGUGAGGAGGUGCAGGUGGGCGCGUGGCCCCGCUCAGUAUCAGUGGGAUACUGAGCUCCGUGGUUGCCCCAAAAGGCAAUGAGCUGUUUGUCCUACAGGUUUUGUUCAGCUCCCAAUGUCUGGGCGCAUCUACAAAGUGCCCAGCGUAAGCAGUGACGAGAUCUGGCUGUGAGUCAUGGUGCCCAUGAGCCAGGUGCCCACCCCAGGUACGUACCAGCCUCUGGAGCAGGGCAGCCAAGGGUGCCAGGGAGGCUGUUCUGGGAGGUGGGCGCUGAGCAGCUCUGGCUCUGUGCUACACUGUGUGCUGCAGGGCUCAGGAGCUGCACUGUCAGCCAAGGCAUGUUUUUAUGUAGCCCAUUCACUUUCCCAAUAGACUGUUAUAAUCAAAACGCAUCAAAGCUCUUUAUAGCUAGGCUUUAGUGCUGUGAUUCCUCCCAGGGUAAGGCCAAGCACCAGCCUUGCUUUAGCAGGUUUGUGACUCGCUUGCUGCAUGAUCCUCUCUGCCCCUGCCCCUGCUGCUGUGGCAGAUGGGUGGGCAGGCAGUAGGGCAGGGGCUGGGGAGAGUCGUUCCAACAGCAAUAAACUAAACUCGAGCGUC